AUGGGGAAGCCCGUACCGCCCCGCCGCCCCGCCGCUCGGCUCGGUCCGCGGCCGGAGCAGCAGCGCUCUGCCCCGUCUGAUAGGUCGAGCUCGGGGCUGCAGCCGGAGACGGUCGGACCCGCCGGACCCGCCGUCCGGUUUGAGCCGCCGUCAACUUUCAGGCUUGGCGUUUCGGGAGCGGCUUUUGGCGCAGUGCUGUCGGUGUGCAGCCGUGAGCUCCGGUUCCGGUGCUGCUCGGUGCGCGGCUCUUUGUUGCUGCUCGCGGUGGAGCGGAUCCUUCGUGUUGUGAUCUAUCGGAGCCGUCGGUCGGUCGGAGGUGAAGAUCCCGGUCGGGCUGUUGCAGAGACGCUCCGGUCAGAGGCUUCACACCGGCCGUCCUCAGGUGAGACCGGAUGCACCAGUCACCUGCUGGACCGGGUGUUUCCUCAGACAGACAGACACACAGACAGACAGAGUUAUGUAACGGAGCCCAGACAAAGACAGCCUCCUGGAGCUGCUGCACCGGCAGAAGGUCUGGGAGGAUGGAGGCAGCAGAGGGGCUGUAGACAGGUGGAUGUGAGCCGUAGACAGGUGGAUGUGAGCCGUAGACAGGUGGAUGUGAGCCGUAGACAGGUGGAUGUGAGCCGUAGACAGGUGGAUGUGAGCCGUAGACAGGUGGAUGUGAGCCGUAGACAGGUGGAUGUGAGCUGUAGACAGGUGGAUGUGAGCUGUAGACAGGUGGAUGUGAGCCGUAGACAGGUGGAUGUGAGCCGUAGACAGGUGGAUGUGAGCUGUAGACAGGUGGAUGUGAGCCGUAGACAGGUGGAUGUGAGCUAUAGACAGGUGGAUGUGAGCUGUAGACAGGUGGAUGUGAGCUGUAGACAGGUGGAUGUGAGCUGUAGACAGGUGGAUGUGAGCCGUAGACAGGUGGAUGUGAGCUGUAGACAGGUGGAUGUGAGCUGUAGACAGGUGGAUGUGAGCCGUAGACAGGUAGAUGUGAGCUGUAGACAGGUAGAUGUGAGCUGUAGACAGGUAGAUGUGAGCUGUAGACAGGUAGAUGUGAGCUGUAGACAGGUGGAUGUGAGCUGUAGACAGGUGGAUGUGAGCCGUAGACAGGUAGAUGUGAGCCGUAGACAGGUGGAUGUGAGCUGUAGACAGGUAGAUGUGAGCUGUAGACAGGUAGAUGUGAGCUGUAGACAGGUGGAUGUGAGCCGUAGACAGGUGGAUGUGAGCCGUAGACAGGUGGAUGUGAGCCGUAGACAGGUGGAUGUGAGCUAUAGACAGGUGGAUGUGAGCCGUAGACAGGUGGAUGUGAGCUGUAGACAGGUGGAUGUGAGCCGUAGACAGGUGGAUGUGAGCCGUAGACAGACAGGUGGAUGUGAGCUGUAGACAGGUGGAUG